AUGGGUAAGAACUUACUCAAAGCUGCUAUCAAACCUGUCGAAGAGAUCGACAUUGAGGAUGAAGCAGAAGAAAUAGAUGUAGAUCCUGAUGCAUUAUAA